AAUGAAGUUUGUGUUUGUGCUACUCUUAAAUGUCCUUGGGUUGUCCUUGGCUUUAAAGUUCCCGGACAUCAAACCCAACAGCCGCAUCAACAAAGGUUGCUACAAUCCGGAAUUCGACAAAGGAAGAAAGGAAGUUAUGUAAGUGAAAUCUUGGGUGCUGCUUCUUGGUAUUGCGGAAAACGUCCUUUGUUCGCUUUUGUGCUUUACUGUGGGUAUUGUUCAGUGUGUUUACCAGUGUACCAGUGCAGUGAUUACUGUAAUUUUUCAAGCGAUCGAACGGUGUCUGGUCGUUUCGCUGCAAAGUUUUUUUCUUUCGUUUCUGUUUGACUGCACCACGAAAUGAAUGCCCUUCAGAAAACUUUGAGUCGCUUCAAGGAAAUAUUUUUCAUUGAGGCCACUGUACUGUUCGUCCUCCGUAAAUCUUUUCUGUUCAGUAUGAAGCCAAGUUAACAUCCCCACACUUAUUAACGCGAGUACGAGUGUACGUUGAAGUAUUGCAGCUCGAUUUCCGCCUAGCCCCAAUAUUUAUUAUGUAUGCCUGUUUCGACUAGUCCUUUGCGUGAAAUAGCAUUAGAUUGGUACAUGCAUGAUAGAUAUAUGGGGCUUUACGGAAAUCUGACCAAAGUAUAAGGAGUCUAAUGAUUGUUAUUUGAGAUCAUGGAGUUAAAAAAAAGAAACGGAAGCUUGUUAUGCAACCGGUGACUAAGCAAAUUUCAAUCCGCGAAUAAGCUUUCACGCUGUAGUUUGAUUUCACUUUUUUCUCUCAAACUCUUUCGUUAUAGAUGUUUCUGGUACAUCUUCCAGACCUGGGCUAAACCACAGAAUAGUGGGCAACUUAUUACCAAACUAAUCCAGAAGUCUGAAACUAAACAUUAAAUAUUUUAGUACAGGCAGACCACACUCUGUUUGUGGGGGCCGUUGUUGAUUGAAAUCUGAGCAACGAUUUUUUGUUAUUUAUAGAAGACCCAGUCCAAUUUAAGCUGGAACUGAUGCCAAACUAUUUAAUUUCUAACCUCGAAAAUACUGGCUCACGAUCCACUAGAUAUGUAUCCAUGCCCCAUCCGAAUGAGAGCUCAAUCCUUCCAAAAUUUCUCGAGAAAAGCGAUCCUGAAGUUGCAAGACCAGCUUUCUCAACAUGACCGGUGCAAAAAUCUCAACCAAAGGCAUUUGAGGUAUGCGCGUCAAUUCAAAUCCACCAGUCAGUGUAUUGCGACCAUUGGCAGUUCAAAACCACAACCCUGACCCACACAGAUGUUUGUUUGGUUGCGAUNCUGUUUGUGGGGGCCGUUGUUGAUUGAAAUCUGAGCAACGAUUUUUUGUUAUUUAUAGAAGACCCAGUCCAAUUUAAGCUGGAACUGAUGCCAAACUAUUUAAUUUCUAACCUCGAAAAUACUGGCUCACGAUCCACUAGAUAUGUAUCCAUGCCCCAUCCGAAUGAGAGCUCAAUCCUUCCAAAAUUUCUCGAGAAAAGCGAUCCUGAAGUUGCAAGACCAGCUUUCUCAACAUGACCGGUGCAAAAAUCUCAACCAAAGGCAUUUGAGGUAUGCGCGUCAAUUCAAAUCCACCAGUCAGUGUAUUGCGACCAUUGGCAGUUCAAAACCACAACCCUGACCCACACAGAUGUUUGUUUGGUUGCGAUUCGCUGAUUGGUGGAUUUGAAUUGACGUGCGCGCCUCAAAUGCCUUUGGCUGAGAUUUUUACACCGGUCAUGUUGAGAAAGCUGGUCUUGCAACCUCAGGACCACUUUUUUUGAGAAAUUUUGGUAUUUUCGAGGUAAGAUAUUAAAUAGUUUGGCCUCAGUUCCAGCUUAAAUUGGACUGGGUCAUGCCCCUGCGGCUGUUUGCUGCCUGCCUUGUCUCCUUCUUUAGUUCUAACCACGGAGGUCAAAUAUUCAUGUCGCAAAAUAGCGCUUAAAACAGCAUGGGACGGCGAAAAAAACAUGACACAUGACUCAGUUAACAUUUUCUUCAAAUGUUUAUUGAAAAAUUUGCUUUAAAUUCUGCAUUUUGGAACAAAUUAUACCCAGGGACAUUUUGUUUCUAGGAUGGGGGGAAGGGUGAGCUUCCAUAGAAAACGUGAAAAUUUUUUCAUUUAUUUAAGACUGCAUACAUGUGCAUUAUACAUACACCUGCAUUCUCAGGCAACUAAUAAAAAUAUUCUUUUUUAUCUGUGCAACUUACAUAUUUAUCUAACUUGUAUGCUACAGCAAAACUCCGCGCCCUCAUUCAUAUCUGGACCCUGAAGACAUGCCAAAGGAGCUUGAUUGGAGGUCUGUCCCAGGCAAGGGAAACUUUGCUAGUGUGACACGGAAUCAACACAUUCCUCAAUACUGCGGUUCUUGCUGGGCUCAUGGGACAACUAGUGCCAUGUCUGACAGAAUCAACAUCCUUAGGAAUGGAAAGUGGCCAAGCAAUCUCUUAUCAGUGCAGAAUGUCUUGGACUGUGGUAAGAAAGCUUUAUCAUCGUGACAUUGAUAAAUUAAGGUAGCAGAACUGUUAUGCCAGUGUUUGGAUAUGUAAAAUCUUUAAACUGUCCCUUUGCCAUGCCUCCCCUGUCCCCUGGUCCUCUUACCCCACCCCAGUUACACACAUGAAUCAACCAGGCCCCCAAACCCUUGAAAAUUUAUAGUUGUGGUAGAACAUAGAACUAAUCAACAAUCACACCUGUGGCUGCAACAAUGAAAGUAGUGUUUGACAGUGAUGAAAAACACAAAAGCUGCAGAAGUUGUAAUCUGAACUUUAAAAGCAUAGCCUGUUUUGCGAUUUCUGCAAAUUAGGGCUACAUGCCUGACAAUACCACAGAAAAGCUCAAAAUACUGUUUUACCAUUACUCGGAAUUUUGUUGAGUUAUAUAGGAGGCAGGGAGUUUUCUGCCUUAUCGUGGACCAGGAGAGGUGGCUUACUUAUACAGGUGUUUCUGUAUACAUGUACUUGCACAUGCAAUUUUGUACAUUUACAGCAGCACUGGGUGCCACAUGUUGACAUGUUUUCCAUAAAGAUUAUAAGGACUAAUUAAAAUUUUUUUUUCAGCUUACAGCCUUUAUCUCUAGACAUUUUGAUUCCUGCUUCUGUUAAAAUGAGAAACUUGUAGAAGCCAGAAUUACUUCUGGAAUAUUGUGGUGUUGUGAUCAGUCACAACACAGAUGAAGACAUGCAAGGGAACCACAAAUAAAUAAUUAUUAUAAACUGGUUGUAAAUUUUUUUAAGUUGUUGCCUGCAAUUCAGUUUUCUUACACAUGAUUGACUUAAAUAUUUCUCAUGUUUGUAGUUUUCUAAAUUGCAGCAAAGUUUAGUAAUGCCACGUAGAUACCAGUGCUUAUGAAUGAUAUGCUUUAUUACAACAGGUAAUGCAGGGACCUGCCAUGGAGGUGGAAUGAUUGGUGUAUAUAAAUAUGCUCAUGAGAAAGGUAUACCUAGUGAAACCUGCAAUAAUUAUCAAGCCAAAGAUGGAGAGUGCACGGCAUUCAAUCAGUGUGGCACGUGCACCACAUUUGGAGAGUGUCAUCCUAUUACCAAUUAUACAAAAUGGAAGGUCAGCGAGUAUGGUAAGAGGCAGUGCUGACUUUAAAUUAUCAUUAGACAUUAAUGUUUCAUUCAGGGCUGCCACUAGGGCACGGGCACUGUUACAGUCUGUAUGGGCAUGACCCCUAGCUAUUUUCAAAUAGGAAACUAAAGAGUUCCAAAAGAGCUUCAUACAUGUGUAGCUGGUUAAUACCCUGCCUUUACCCAGUGCCUUGAAAUCUUGGUGACAGCCCUUUGCAGGUCAGUUGAAAUAGGCAAUUUCCAAGUUACCCCAGUCAACCAAUCUUUCACUGUAAAAGUUAAAGAGUUGGCCAGGAAGGCAAAGUCCAGCAACAUGAUAGAUUGAAAAACAACAGACAAUCGAGUAAUGUCACAGGGGGGGUAGUUAUUUGAAAAGGGGGCACAUAGUUCAUUCUUCACAUUAAUUUUAGUAAACAGGCAAAGUUGUGUGUGUGCUGCAGAUACAUUUAUCAGUAGCCUGUCCCAGGCUCCAACAUAUUAUACCCUGCUUCAGGCUAUAAGAUAAUCAUGUGCAGUUACUGGUUCAAUACUGGUGCGCAAAUCACACAUCAGUUUUUCCUAACCUCCCCAUGUAUCUGAAACCCUGGCAAGGCUAUGUUUCCCUGCGAUCAGAGGUUUCUCUCUUGCAUGGUUUUUAGUGUUUACUAAGUCAUUCGCCAACUAGGCAACAGACAAGCCACGGGAAUGACUCCUUAAAGGUUAAAGGUAAAGGCCAUAAACAGUUAACCCUUUAAGCCCCAAUAUCCACAAACAAAUUCUCCAAACUGAUCUCUAUACAUUUCCUUACAGAAUUAGUUGGGAGAAAUUGAUAAAAGAUCAGAGAUUUUUCUCUUUGUGAUCAUUUUAUUAAUUCUCAUAACUUAUCUCUUGACAAUCUAUGGAUAUUGUUAGGAGAAAAUUGAUGUUGGUCACUACUGGGACUUAAAGGGUUAAAGCCAUGCAAGAGAGAAACCUCUGCUGGCUGGGUAAGGCUAUGUUGUCAGAGGUGUCUGACCUCAAAUUGGUACAAUAUGUUUAAUACUGCUAUAUCAUGUGUUGUAUACGGUAUGAUAUUCAGCUUGGACGGGUGUUUGUAGUGGUGAUUGUGUUGCGUUCUCAGUUCUACUCUUAUCAAAUUUUUCUAGAUGUUAAGUGGGGGUGGGUGGCUGGAGCUUAUCUAUUACUUUUAGCGUUAAGGGGUGCUAAUUCGAACAUUUCUGUUAUUUUAGUUUCAAGAAAUCCCUCUUGUAUUGUCUUGCAGGUAAUGUUAGUGGACGUGAUAAAAUGAUGGCCGAAAUCUAUGCCAGAGGUCCUAUUGCAUGUGGCAUAAUGGCCACUCCGAAACUUGAGGCAUACGAAGGAGGUAUCUACACUGAAUAUAACCCUUCCCCUAUGAUCAACCACAUUGUAUCUGUUGCUGGCUGGGGUGUGGAGAAUGGAACAGAGUACUGGAUUGUGCGCAACUCCUGGGGUGUCCCGUGGGGGGAGGAGGGUUGGCUGAGGAUCGUCACCAGCGCAUACAAAGGUGGAAAGGGAGACGAUUACAACCUGGCAAUUGAACAGGAUUGCGCAUUUGCUGUGCCUAUAGUGAAAGAGGACUAAAAUAAUGAUUGAUGUUAAGAAAUUGUCGAAGUUUUUUUUUCCUAACAGCAAUCUAGUAGUAAAGUAUUCAUUUUUCAGGAUCUUUUAAGAUUUAUGAUUGUAUGCAUUUACAGAGACAGAUUUUGAAGGAAAAAGAACGCUCUUUUUGCGACUUUUAGUCUCGCUUGGAGAUUAGAUCGAGAAAUGAGGAGGCGAUUAAUUCUACACGAAACAGGAUUUACUUUUGAAAGGCUUUUUUACUUCUUGCUUUAUUUUAUUUGUUUCUGAAGUGAUUUAGUACGCGUGUUAGCGACGACCGGAAAUUCGUCCACGGUCGCAGGCUAUAGAGUGUUUUCACAUGACUUAACGGCGGCCAUAUUGGUGUCAACAAUGAAACGGCGGCCAUCUUGGUGUCCCAAACCAAUCUUGGAGAGGUGAAAUCUUUUCAUGCAAACGUUUUCUUUUGUUCCAAUAAAUUUGCAUAGAUGCUGGCCACUUGAGUGAAAACACUCUAUGCUCUAUACCCUAUACUCUAUACACGAAAAUUCAAGGGCCUCGAUUCCAGAGAAAUUACGUCAUUGCCAGAUAUCAAAAGUGAUUUACAUGGCACGUCGUUUCAAUCAU